GCCGGUGCACGCGGGCGCCGGCGCUGCGCGGCUCAGGGUCGCCAUGGCGGAGGUGCAGCAACUCCGAGUGCAGGAGGCUGUGGACGCCAUGGUGAAAAGUGUGGAGAGAGAGAACAUCCGGAAGAUGCAGGGCCUCAUGUUCCGGUGCAGUGCCAACUGCUGUGAAGACACCCAAGCGUCUAUGCAGCAGGUGCACCAGUGCAUCGAACGCUGCCAUGCGCCUCUGGCUCAAGCGCAGGCUCUGGUCACCAGCGAGCUGGAAAGGUUCCAGGACCGCCUAGCACGGUGCACCAUGCACUGCAACGACAAAGCCAAAGACUCAAUGGAUGCAGGAACUAAGGAGCUUCAGGUGAAGCGACAGCUAGACAGCUGUGUGGCCAAAUGUGUGGAUGACCACAUGCACCUCAUCCCAACAAUGACCAAGAAGAUGAAGGAGUCUCUGUCAUCCAUCGGGAAAUAAAAUUGUUUGCCAGUGACCAUUGGGGCUGAGGGCAGGCUAUUUAAAAGGAAGAAUGGAAGUUUAAUAUGUUAAGCAAUGUUUACGAAUGAGGAAAACUUAAGACACAGCAAGUUCCAGGCAAAUGCUGCUCACUGCUGGACACUGGAUUUUAGAAGGUGAAGUGGAAAGAAGCUGGUGCUAAGAUUUGGAUCGCAGAUAGCUUGGAGGAGAAGUCUAGAUCCUAAAUAUUCAUGUGCAAGUGUUUGUUCUGUAGUAGAGAUCAACCUUAUACCAAGGGCUGAGGUUCUUACUACAAACAUCCAAGCUGGCGGCUCUCUUCAACCUGCUGGUAAAAUCUGAGGAGAGGUGUGUCUCCUCAGAGAAGCUUGGCAAAUCCUGCUUACCACAAGUAUCACCACACCACCUUGCAUAUGCUGUGAAACAAAACCCAGUAGGCUAGUAAUUUAGAGAAAGGAAAGGAUUUCCUUUUCAAAUCUAUAUUUUGCUUAGUUUUGUCUUACAUGCAAGGGCACACAGUGGAUUUAAGAUACAGGAAGGAGAGUGGUUUGAAUAACUUCCAAAGGUUUCUAGUAUUUUCUACCAUCAAGAUGGGAAUGUCUAGUUUUCAAAUUCUGUUAUUCUAGAAGCCCCUGAAGAAGCAGACAGUGUCACAGUGACAUGGGAAACAGCUUUCUUCAUUGACUUGCGCAGCAAAGUGACACAUCCUCAUGAAAAGCAAGGGUUUGGUUGUCACAUGCCUGUCACUAAGAAUAAACAGUAAAUAGGAAUUGUUGAGAAGUGUUGGACUUGGGUUCACAAAAUAAUAGUGCAAACCUAGUAUUAAUCAGCUCUGAAUUUACAGAGCCUUACCAACAAGGAGGCCUAAAAGUAAGCAACUUAGGCCAAGGAGAGCCAGGACCACAGAGAGCACACACCUUCUUACCAACUGCCAUCUUUGCCUGGAGUUUUGCAGUGCAGUGUUGCUGGCCUAACAUAGCAUCUUAUCUUUUGGAUAAGUACUGUGUUGUAUUUAUACCAAUCAAUUACUUGAAAUAGUGAUACAUCUGUCUGUUUGCUGUGUCCAGCCUGCAAUAUAUUUUCCAAGUGGUUCGGUUUUUAAAUAAAGUUUCAUUGUCUCCA